AUGGCUUCAUUUGCAGAUGGCUUCCUUGAGCCCUGCCAGUUCUCUGCACCGAUGACCCCAGGUGAUGCGCAGCUCAGUGACUCUGCAAAGCAGCCAGCGCUCUUUUCAACUGGUGAGUCAGGCUUGUCAGCUGUUUAUGCAGAUGUUGAUGUACCAGCAGACCUGAUAGGCUCACCAAGCAGUCAUGAUGCUGUCAUAGACCAACAUCAAGAUGCCGAUGAUGAAGCUGCACCUGGGGAUCUUAAAGAUUUCAGGAAACGGUGGUCAAAGAGAAGAAAAGUGACCGAGGAGACCGAGUAUAGUCCCUCUUUAUUGCAAGAACAGUUCCCUCCGGAGCCUCCUGUUGAGCGCCUUUUGAAGACCAGUUCAAGGAAUGAUGACUCUGCAUCGCUAGUCAAUGCUUUUGUGGAUAGGAUCACUCCUUCAGCCAUUGUGAUGCCCUGGGAGAGUGCUUUCAUGGCGCCAAUUUUUGGAAGUCAGUUCUGUGAAUCAAAACUCUCCAUGCCGGCACAAUGGAGUGAGACAUUUGCGGGCCCGCUCAAACAUGCGAUGCCAGAAGCAACACCAGAUGCUGUAGCACCGGUUGACUUCAGUGUGUUGAGGUGCAUCAGGAACCUGGCCGACAUGGACUUCAUUCAAGCACGUGAGAAGAAGUUGGCCAAUGCGCUGGUGAAGAUCAAGUGUGUUCUUGAAAUCAACUGGGAUGCCAGCGGUGUGGGCCGUCAGUGCUUAGACAGCUCCGGGGCACCGCGUCCUGACAUGGAAGACACUCUGACCUCAGUCAUUGGCACAAGGUCACCAUCAACGAUUGUCAAGAGGUGCAAUGCCGUGUUGGCCUACCACAGGUUUUGCCAGCACGUCUUGCAGGUGGAUGGAGCUGACCAAUGUGCUGCCAGCCGACGGUUAGUAGGUCAGUCUGAGCUCCAAGCAGCGUUGAAAGGGCCUACAAAGCAAGCACGGCCACUGACAGUGAUGGAAGUCAGGAAGCUGCAGAAGUUCAUGGCUGACCCAUCCAAGGAAUUGCAAGAGAGGUUAAUCUGCAGUCACCUGGUCCUCAUGAUUUACACUCGAAGCCGCAACAGUGAUCUGGCAUACGUGGAAGGUAUAUCUCUCAUGACAAUGCAGUGCGAGAGGGCCGAGACGAGUUCAACCAAGUCCUUGCUCAUGCCCAUCAUUGCUUGUGGUGAGUCAGUCGGGCCUGAACCAUGGCUGGACUUGUGGAUGUCCUUGCGGAAGAAAGCUGGCCUGCCGACAUCAGGUCGCCUCGAAGGUGCUGUCAUGCCGGCUCCAGAUUUAGCCCGGCUAGGGCAAUGGCUGGUGCGGCCAAUCUCCUGCGCCGAAACCACCAAGCUGCUUCGGGCCUAUCUGCAGUGUGAUGACGCUGACUUGAAGUCCCACUCUUUGAAGCGCACAGCCCUUAGUUGGGCGGCCAAGGCUGGUGUGGACCGAGAGCAACGCAGAUUACUCGGUCGCCACGCUAGUGCAGUGGAGGGCUCAGACAGCAUUUAUGCAACAGACCUCAUGGUCGACCCGGUGCGCGCUCUGGGCGCUGUCGUGAAGCUCAUUCGAAAUGAUCAGUUUCUUCCUGAUGGUGACAGAGCUGAAUUCUUUCCUCAGGGAAAUCCUGCCGAUCCAACUGCACCGGUCUUCCAACCGAAGACACCAGGCACCUUCAAGAUGCCAAUGACUCCCGCGCCGCCGAAGGAGUCAGUCAAGGCGCCAGAGGUGCCGGGCCUGGAUGUGAAGGAGGAGCCACCAGCCAUCAAGGGUGCAGCUCAAGUGAUUGAAGAGAUUGACUUGGUGACCUCUGACUCAGAGACAUCGACAAGCGGUGAUGACUUCGUGGAGUCCGAAUUAGAGGAUGAGCAAGAGCUUGAGCCUGCAAGCCGCGACGUCCUGAAUGAGGAUUACAACGAUGCCUGGGUCCAGCACAAAAAGACCAAGACCAUCCAUGCCAUCAAGGACAUGGGAAACCAAGUGUCCGACUCAGUCUACGCCAAUGGUGAAAUCAUUCAGAACAAGGCCACGAAGUGUGGCAGACUCACCAGCUCCAACUUCACGGUCGUCAAGGAGAUUGCAGACUGGACAUCAAAGUGUCGUCUGUGCUUCAAGGGUAACAGAGACCCUUACGCCUUUCGUUGA